UGAAUUGUGAUCGCAAAAUUAAUUAAUUACUAUGGAUGUUGAUCUAGAUUUGAUAAAACCCCGCAAAAGAGAUCCAAAUUUUACCGCCGAUGAGAAAGUAUUACUCGCUCAUUUAAUACAGCAAUUUCCUAUCAUCGAGGCCAAGCUCGUAGAUGGAAAAUCGAUUCUAAGAAAAAAACAAGCCUGGAAAAACGUAACUCAACAAUUCAAUGCCCAAGUAAAUGUCCAUAAGCGUGAUUCUGCUACGCUAAAAAGAGCGUGGGACAACUUAAAAGCUGCCACGCGAAAAGCUCGUGCGUCCAAAGGAGGGAACUCAUUAAAAAAUGGAAGUGUACCUAUUCUCCCUUCUGAACGGGAAGCCAUAAUAAGCAUAGUAGAAGAAGUCAUGAUUAGCAGAGUCAAAGAAAAUAAUGAUAAUGAUAGAGAAAAAUUAAAGGACAUUCCUUCUCCAUGCCACAUGGUUUCCGUUGAGCUGGAGGACCAGGAAUCUGAGAACAGUCACCAAGUGGACCCUGCAGACAAUUUAACAAUGGUUUCUAUUAAGUUGGAGCGCGAGGAAGACGAGGAAAGUCCCCAAGCAAACCCUGCAGAGAAUAUAACAAGUAUGUAUUAUACAAGGCAAUCCAAGCAAAUAGAGCUAUAAAUGUAGUAGUGACCAGUGCUCAGACAAAUUUUGAAUUUCCUUAUGGAUGGCAGUAUAUUAAGUAACGACAGACUUACAGAUUAUGUUUAUCAAGAAGCUGAAAUGCGUUUCAAGUCAUUAGAACAUAAGAAUGAAAUUGAGAUGCAAAUUCU